AUGGAUAAGUUAGCAUGCCGUGGAGUGCCAAAGCUUCAGUGCUUUAAAGAAGGAAUCCAAGACCAAAAUAGUAUUAUCCCUAGUGGUUAUAUCAUCCACCUCGUCUGGGAAAAAUUCCCCGGUGGCCCUCUUGAUGAAGAAAAUUUCUGGAGCUUGAAUCCUGCUAAGCGCCGUAUAAUCCGCGAUAAAUUUCGCAUUGCUUUCAAGCAUCUUAACGGUUACCAUGUGGCAUGGCGUAUCACGUUUCCUGAGAAAUGGGAGAAAGGAAUUUACGUUAUGUAUGGCUUAGCAGAAAUAGAUGAUUGUCUGGAAGAUUGGUGGAAUCACCCUGAUGAAUGGAGAUGGUAG